AUGCCGAACAACAGGAUCCUGGAUGAAUUUGCGGUGCCCGAGGAGGCCCAGGAUAUGUUGAUGGAACACCGUCCCCAAAUUGAACGCCUCUUUCGGGUGGAGCUGAAUGUCGUGGGGGUGCUGGGAUCAGACCCCAAAGGAGCAAGGAAGAUCUGGUUGCAGUUACAAGGAAGCCAAGAGAAUCUUCAUAGUGCAAAGGAAUACAUCAAAGGUCUUUGUGCCCCAGAGCUUCAGGACGAAGUACAGUAUCCGAAAGACAUGCAGUGCAUCUUCUUAGGUGCCCAUGGAUUAUUUAUGGACUGCCUCAUUCGGGGGACCUCUGCGAACCUCACCUUUCUCCAUCCGGGCACCCUGUUGAUCUCAGGGUUGGCAGAAGCUUUUGUCAUGGCUCAGAGCCGGAUCCAGGAGUUUGUGGGGAAACACCAGAAGAACCCUAAGCUGCCAGAAGAACAGGAAGCUCAGGUCAAACGGUCCUUCCGGGAAUUGGUGGAGAAUUAUGAUGACAAACAUGCCAUGGAUCUUUUGAUCUUGCCCACCUCAGUCAAAGAGGAAUUGCUUAAUUUGGUCAAGGAGAUAAAGGAAGAAGACACAGAGGAGGGGCAAAGGAAUGGCUAUAGGAUACCAUCUGGUUUUGGGAGAGAUUGUUCAUUGGGGUGGGAAGCCAACGUUGCGAAUAGUGGCGGAUCUGGGUCUCCAGAUAGGCCUCAGCCUGUCUUUGGCAUACAUGCAGAGCUCAGUCGAGUCCAGGGACAGAGUAGAACUAGAGACUCCGGCCCUGACUGGCCUGUGGAAUUUACCACGGCACAAGAAUCUUUUCACAAAGCUGAAGAUUUGAUGCAACUACCGUACUCAGACAGGCCUUGGGAUGCUGGGAUGGACUUGCCUAUUGUGGAUGCAAAACCUCAAGACCAAAAACAUCUUCAUGUCCCACGGGAUGACUUUUCAAGACAUUCUGAUGAGGCCAAAUUGCACACUAAGCCACAGGAACAUCUGUCUGACUUGAAUGGUCCUCGACAAUGGCUGGAGGCAAUGACCACUAAGAAUUCUGGGCUUCCCAAGAGUUCUCCUAAACUGAUUCCAGCUACCUCUGAGCUUCAGAUUCUACCUGGAUACAAAGGCCUCACAGAAAGCUUGGAGGAUCAUCAAGCAGAAGAAAAGAAUCCCCUUUGGGCAACAGAAUCAUGCUCUGUUAGUUUGCCUGAGGAAACCACUGAGGAGGAGGCAACAUCAGACAUUUUGCUGUCAUCGUGGUCUGAAAAAGAGUUCAAAAUGAGGCUAAACUUCUUUAAAACUAUGGGCUAUGAGGAGUGUGUGGUCAAAAAGAUAUUAUUGGAGGGUGGAGUUCAGGAAGCCCCUUCGACCAUCUUGGAUAGAGUCCAGAUGAUGGAGGCAGGCUUGUCUCAAAAAGAAGACAUCUCCCCAUCCCAACGGCGAGGUCUCGCUGCUUUGUCUCUGGAAGACACUUAUGAUGAAAACAAUUAUGUCAAGGAACUGAUCAAAACAGCAGUGGUCAACUGCGGCCAUUGCCCCAGCAAGAUCCCCACAGAAAUACAAACAGGAGCCCCAUUAGCAAGUCUCCUGAGGCAGCUAAAUGAGAAAGGGAAAUACCAAGAUGAAGGCGAGAGUGCAAUAGGGGGGUCAUCAACCAAGCCAGAACAUGGAGGUCAGCUUGGCAUCCAGAGGGCAACCAUUUUGAAUCAUGGGGAAUCUUCUCACCAAAGGACUCAUCCGGAGGAAAGGUGGAAUGGUACACUUUCGAAUCACAAGGGUGUCCAUGUUUCAAUAAGUAACCCUGGAGUUCCCAGUUUGUUGCCUAUUACUUCUCCUAUUGCUAGUUUUUUGUCCUCCCUAUCGGAUUCUGAGGGGACCCAGUCAACAGAAAGCACCAACAUGGACGCUCUUCAGCAGGGUUCUGUUUCUACGGUAACUGGAGCUCAGCGCUUUGAGGAGGCUCUCCAGACUGAGUUCAAACUCAAGUUGGCCAACACACCUGGGAAGAAGAAUUUGCGGAUGGUCAUUAUUGAUGGUAGCAACGUGGCCAUGAUGCAUGGUCUGAACCAGUUCUUCUCCUGCCGAGGAAUCGCCCUAGCCGUGCAAUAUUUCUGGGACCGAGGCCACCGCGAAGUGAACGUCUUAGUGCCGGCUUAUCGAAUGGAAGAAGAUUCUAAUGUGAGAGAGAGGCACUUUUUGACUGAGCUGCACAAUCUAAGCAUCCUGUCCCUUACACCAUCACGAAAAAUCGAUGGGAGAGGCAUUGUCCCAUAUGAUGACAGAAUGAUGCUGAAACUGGCAGAACAGACUAACGGGGUGAUUGUCACUAACGACCAGUUCCGGGAUCUUGCCAAAGAAUCGAAGAGAUGGAUCAAGCUAAUCAAGGAGAGCUUGUUGCAGUACACCUUUGUGGGGAAUAUAUUUAUGGUCCCGGAUGACCCCUUAGGACGAAGUGGCCCUACCUUGGCAGACUUCCUGAAGAAAAAGAACAACAGAACCAAGUAUCCUGAUUGUCACUCUUUCAGUGGCCAACCCGCCCCUCAGUUCACACCAUCACAUCCUAUAUCCCAGACAGAGGUCCUUCACCUCCGGGAUAGGAGGCCUCCUGCUGGUUCAGUAGGGGACUACAGGAGAGGUCGGCACAACAGCCCUGUUGAGAAGGAGACACUUCGCUCCACAGAAGAGACAGAGUGGCUGAGGAGCAAGCUUUUGGAGAUUUUUGAGGGACAAGACAGAAAAGUGGACUUUGUGCUCAUGAGAGAACCUGGUUGCCAAGACCUGAACAAGCUUUCAGAGGCUAUUCUCAGUUUUACUUUCUGAGCCAGCCUCUUCUGUU